GUCAACUUCCGGGAUCCAAUUUCAUGUUUAUUUUUUUGACAGGCCGAGUCAGCAACUGUGCUUGUCGACGUGUUUCUCCAACAUACAUGUAGAUCUAUUCCAAGGUCUGUUCUUUUACGAACCAGCUAUCGACGAUCUAUAGAUCUUUACAACAGAUUAUGACAGGAAAAGGGACUGAAAUUUGAAGGACAUCAAAUUUUAAACUUUGAUUUAAUUGCCAGUAAAUUGAAAAAGUGUCAAAAUGAUGCAAGAGACAGAUCAAGAUGAUGAACAGAUAUUGUUUGAUCAGGAGGGGCUCUUGUCAAAUCCUAAUACACCUUCUUCAUCUAGAACCCAGCGCUCUACAUGGUGCAAGAAGUUUGUUCAAACCAUUGUACUGUCUGUUGCUUUCUUUGCUCUGGGUUUAUGUAUAGCCAUACCAGGACCAACUCUAUUAGAUCUUGGGGAACGUACACAUGCUUCUACAGAUAAGAUAUCAUUGAUAUUUACAGCUAGAUCAAUUGGUUAUUUACUUGGUUCAAUCAUUGGAGGAUUUCUAUUUGAUAGAUUUGAUCAGCAACUUCUGCUUUUCUACACACUAGUAUUUACAUCAGUGGCUACUGUUGCGGCACCAUGGUGUACAGCUCUAAUCAUACUAGCUGUCAUGAUUGCCUUUCAAGGUAUAUCUAUGGGAGUACUGGAUACAGGUGGAAAUGUGUUUUGUAUUAAAAUUUGGGGAAAGAAAAGUGCACCUUAUAUGCAGCUACUUCAUUUUGCUUUUGGUGUAGGUGCAUUUAUAGCCCCUCUUCUUGCUAGACCAUUUCUAAUGAACCAUGAAUUGUUAGCUGCUCAUAAUAAGACCGGCCUUAUAACAGGAAGAGCCCCUGGAUUUGUAUAUGAACACAGAUCGGUGCGAGAUAUUAGUAGUUCAUUUGGGAAUCAGACAGAUUUUGAAUUAACAAACAACAAUACAUUUAUAGAUACAGACAAUUUACUAACUACAGCUUCGAUGCCUACAAAACCUAAAAAGCCAACUUUAGCUGAUGAAAAUCUUUCUACGGGUAAAGAUCCUGACUCUAGUGAAACUGCAAAAACAAUUAUAGCAAAAGAAAAAGUGAAUGCUGCAUCCAAAAAUGACCCUUCUACAGACAAAGAUAAGCCAGACUCAAUUUUAACAAUAGAAAAUGUUACUGCACUUUCAAAUGGUUCAAACAUCAUUUCUACUGCAACCAUACCUUCUAUAAUAAAUUCAACAAUCACACAAAACAAUUCAGAACCAACGUCUACAACUUGGCUUCCAGUAACUACUACUCAGCUGCCACCAACUACUACUCAAAUGCCAACAACUACUACCACUAAACCACCUGCAACUACUACUAAACCACCUACAACUACUACUAAACCACCUACAAUUACCACUAAACCACCAACAACUACCACUCCGCCAUCAACAACUAUUGUUCCAUUAUCCACAACUAUCACUAAAUCAAAAACUAAAUCACUUGAAAUAACAGUUGAUAGUACUACUACAUUAUCUUCAAGUACCAACAUCUCAAAUAAUUCUACUGAAGACAACAAUAAUUUAAAGAAACCUGGUACUGCAACUGGAGAUCUUUUUAAUAAAGCUCUCGAUGCUAUCACCAACAUGUCAAAAAUCCAGUUUGCUUAUCUCAUUAUUGGUCUGUUGUUAGGUGUUAAUGCGUUUAUGUUUCUUGUCUUGUAUUGUAAAGAGAAAUAUAGAAAUAUCCCAUCUGCGCAGGAGGAAAAAGAAAAAGAUUUAAGGAGAGGGAGCCAUUCUUUCCGAGUAACUAUCCUAGCUUUACUUUUUAUGUUCUUCUUCAUAUAUGUCGGUAUGGAAGUAACUUACGGAGGUUUGUUAUCUACAUUUGCAUUUGAACAUAUGGAUUGGUCGGAACAGAAAGGGGCGACAGUUACUGCUGUAUUUUGGGGUUCUGUGGCAGUAGGCCGUGGUAUAGCUAUUUUCAUAGCAAAGGCUUGCUCGCCAUCUUGUAUGUUGAUAACAGAUUUAGUUCUAGUAAUAUUAGGAGCACUUAUUUUAUGUUUUGGUAUACAGAAGUAUGAGAUUCUACUGUGGAUAGGAACAUUAACAUUAGGUAUGGGUAUGUCUUCUAUAUUCCCCACCGGUAUUUCAUGGGCUGAUCAUUAUUCACCUCUAACUGGUAAAGCUACAGCAGUUCUAAUCGUAGGUUCCGCUCUCGGGGAAAUGCUCAUACCAGUUAUUACUGGUUAUUUCUAUGUAAAUGAAAGCCAGAUGGUAUUAAUGUAUAUGAUGUUAGCGAUGUCUAUAGUAUCUGUUAUUAUCUAUAUCAUCAUGCAGAGGGUGGCAUCGAAUAAACGUACAGAGAUAUCAACUAGAAACGGUUUUCUUCCUCUAAAAGAUGAUGAUGAUGUUCCAUUAGAUGUAUUAGAGCCAGCAUAUUCAAAUGGAGUGACAGAAAACACUAGAAACAGACAGAGCAAAGUUCAUUUUAAACCUGAGAGUAACGGUGAAUAUAAACGACUUAUAGACUUUGAUGAACCAGAACUUUCUUAAAGACUCUUUGAAUAUUAACAUGAUGUUACCCACACUAUGAAGUACGCUUGAUUCUUUUGGGUUUACCGAAGACAUCAAUGCUUUAACAAUAAUGUAUUGUAUAGAGUAUUUUGGAUCAUUCAUUGUUUUAGCCAUAAGAUUCAUAAUAACUCUCUCUGUGUUUUCAUAUAAUCAUGAAGCAUGUUUUUAUGGUAUGGUUGCAGCUUGUAACAGUGUUGAAUGUGCCAAUAUAUAAUUGUAGUUGUUUUAGUUCUGUGUUAAAAAAAAUAUGUGUAAAAUGUAUGGUACAACCUUUACUGCACAUGCCUCCUGAUUAUGUUUAUACUCUGUUGAAAGGUAGAUAAAGGUCUUUGUGAGACUCAGUUCAUGUAGAUGUGAUUUAGGUUAUUAUGAAAGAUUACAAUGUUAUUAUGAAGGAUUACAAUGUUGGAGUUUGUUGUGUGUAGAAAGACAGUUUUUAGUUCUGUGAACUUCCGAUGAUUUGCCCAUGAUUUACUAAGGACAGAACAUUGAAUAAGAGAGAACAAGGAUACAACAUCCAAAUUAAUUAGCCGUAACUGAAUAAACAUUAAGAUAUUUUUACAAACAAUUUUAAAUUCUAGUAAGACUUUAAGUUCCAAUUUUCUUUUUUCUUAGAUUUUAAAAUACAUUUCUGUAAAUGAAAGCGAAAGAUUCUAACUUGACUUAUAUUAAAAAGUUAAAUUCAAUUUUGAAAAGGGAAAAUCAUUUGCUAUUGUAAAACGAUUUUUUCAUAUUACUUUUGUUAUAGGUACAACCAGCUCACUUUAAAAUUGGUCACCCGGUUAAUUUUUGCUUUGUUUCAUUUGAUGUACGUUAAAAUACAGAUGUUUCGUCAUCCUUUGAUGUUGGCGUACCUCGUGCAAUAUCAAUAUAUUACUUUAUGUCUCCUUCUUCACCAUAACCACACAUAAUCACCAGUAAGAAGAAAGAUUAAAAGCAAGAUUACUUUUUAUUCAAUUUAUAGACAUAUUUUUAAGAGUUUUUGGAUAAACUGCAAAUUUAACCCUAUUUAUGGUUUCAUGUUUGAGUCUGAAAAAUAUCUAGUUUACUCUCAUUGUAAAUUUACUGACUUACAGGUAAAUAUCAUAUCCAGUCAUGGGCACUACUAUUAAGUACAAUAAUUUGAUUUUGGCUAAUUACAUGUAGCUUAACUGAUCUUUUUCUGUUUUCCUUAAUAAUUUUAAGAGAUGAAGACAAAUAUCACAUCUAAUAAAGUUAUGGUACCAUGAAUGGAGACACUCAUUUGAGGGUAUUGGUUGCAAUACAAGUGUUUAUAUAUAAUAGAGAUAUUACUUUGUUGUUUUUGUAGUUAAUAUAUAACUGUAUGUGAUUUAUAACUAAGGAUACUCAUUGUUUAUUUGUGUACAUAUUUUUUAAAUGUAUGUCUCUCCCACCUUUAUAUAUGUUCAAUAGUGCUAUAAUAUGUUUCUUUGUGAAUAUCUAUUAGUGUUUGUGAAGAUGGUCCAGGUUGUUGGCUUCUUCCUAAAAUCAAAUAAUUAGAUUUGUAUCAACGACAUAAAGGACAAUGUUGGUGUCCACCAAUUGUACAUAUGUGAUAGAAUUGGUUAAAAAGAUUCUAAAUAUGAUCUGGUCAGAAGUACAUAAAGUAUAAAGAGAUCAAUUUCUCUAUAAGUACCAUACACUAUUUUCAAGAAAGUUUAAUAUGUCUGAUGAGAAAUUAAUAUGAAUUUGGUAUUUGAUAAAGAACACAAGCCAAAGUAAUGCAUGUGACUUAAAAAAAAAAACCCAAAAAACUAAACAUAUUGCAUCUGGUGACAGUCAAUUCUUGUUAUGAAUAGUUUAUUCUUGAAAUUGUGGUUACAAAUCUUUGUUAAAAUUAUAUUUAAAAUGUGUUUAACAAUUUCUUUAUUGCAUAUGUUGAAGUGGUGAAGACCAAAAUCGUCCUUAAUUAUGUCAUAGUCUUGAUCUUUAGGCUUUAAGCGUAAACAUUAAAGAUUGGUCAGUUUUUAAGAAUAUCCCUUUAUUAUUUUGUAUAAUUAGAACAUGUUUUAAUAGAAUGUUUACAAGAUUUAUAUGCUGUUUAACAUUCAAGACAAUAAGGAGUAAUAAAUAUUAUAUAUUUGGCGUUAAUUUGAAACAGAAAGAGUAUUAAAAUAGGUACAAGCUCUGACUAUAAUUUGAAUGUCUCGUCCUCCUUAGGACUUUCAGUCACCUGUUUUCAGUCUCCAAAUCGUAGAAGUUUAAACCCAUUCCAGAAUCGAGACAAUGAUAUAAUUUUUAUAUGCCCACAUGAAAAUGUGGUUGUAUAUUGCCAUCACCCCCCCCCCCCCC